UAGAUAUAUAGACGUGUAAACAAGCGUAUAUACAGAUUUAACGACAUGUCCGGUUUAACUUGGAUUGCAAUAGUGGGCUUGGUAUGCAUUCACCUUGCACCAUGUGAAGGGAAUAUCUGGGAUUCGCGACCAAAAUUCUGUAGCCCGCCUAUUCCAACUCGGCCAGUAAACGGAGGUUUCAAAUGUCGUUUUGCGAACAAUGUAUGCGUGGGUGGGAGAUACAAUUGCCGCAGAGGGUACAAGUUGCAGGGAGCAAUAAACUACAACGCAUGUUUUAAUGGAACGUGGCUGUUUUCAUCUCCACCGAGAUGUGUAGAAGACGGCUGCAACGCACCAAGACUGCGCAAUGGAGACUACAGACCACGUAGUUCAAACCACCGAGAAAGAUCCGUCAUUACCAUUAAGUGUAAAGCCGGUUACACACCCCGCAGCCAACGUAGUACUUGCCGGAGGAGAUACGGGUCGUAUCGUUGGAUUCCAAGCCCAUAUUGCGGUCGCGACGCAAAGUGCGACCCACCGAGCUUACAGAAUGGAAACUACAGCCCACUAAAAUCCAAGUACAACCGAAACACGGCCAUAACAGUGACGUGCAGUCCUGGUUACAAGACUCGUAGCAGAGACAGCUUGAGUUACUGUCGGGGUAACAGUUGGGUCGCGCAUUGGAGACCGCUGCCAUUUUGUUAUUCUACGUGCCCGCCACCAACGCCACCAGUAAACGGUCGCAUGGAACCUACGUCGCAAACAACAUGGCUAGAAACAGAUCGAGUAAGUUUUUACUGUGGCUUUGGUUUCACACUGGUUGGUGCAGAUGCGGCUACGUGUCGAGCAAACGGUCAGUGGGACAAUGCUGCCCCAACAUGCGCGGAGGAAGCUGUGGUAGAAGGUACAACGGGCAGUGGGGACGCGUGAUGUCGCAACUUUUUCCACAAGAAUCAUCUCCAAUAAACCAACAUGUGCACAUCAAUAAUGUACAGAAAAUAACGUCAUGAUAUCAUUAUACUUCCACUAAUAAAUAAAACAUGAAAAAUAUCACUAAAA